AUGUCUGAUGAACCUGGUGGAGACAAUUCAGACAUUUUAUGUUUUACACCUCUGGGAUCUGGGCAAGAAGUAGGACGAUCAUGCCAUUUACUCCAAUUCAAAGGGAAGAGCAUUCUGCUUGAUUGCGGAGUACAUCCUGGUAUGCACGGAGUGGACGCACUACCUUUUGUUGAUUUUAUCGAUGUUGAAAAAGUGGACCUACUUUUGAUCACACAUUUUCAUUUGGAUCAUGCCGGUGCUCUACCAUGGUUGCUCGAGAAAACAGCUUUCCGAGGAAAAUGUUUCAUGACCCAUGCCACCAAAGCUAUCUUCCGUAUGCUCUUGGGAGAUUAUAUCAAGGUUGCCAAGUUCGGAGGAGGCAGUGAUCGCCAUAUGUUAUACUCUGAAGAUGACUUAGAGAGAUGUAUGGAAAAAAUUGAGGUUAUUGAUUUCCAAGAACAAAAAGAAGUCAACGGAAUACGUUUCUGGCCUUACGUCGCGGGCCAUGUAUUAGGUGCUUGUAUGUUCAUGAUUGAAAUAGCAGGUGUGAAAACUCUCUAUACCGGAGAUUUCUCCUGUUUGGAAGAUCGACAUUUAUGCGCAGCUGAGAUCCCCAGCAUUGCUCCAGAUGUUCUGAUUUCAGAAUCCACCUAUGGCACCCAAAUUCACGAAGAUCGAGAUGAGAGAGAGAAAAGAUUCACUCAAAUGGUUCAUGAAAUUGUUGGGCGAGGUGGUCGGUGUCUCAUCCCAGCGUUCGCUUUGGGUAGAGCCCAGGAACUUUUACUUAUUCUGGAUGAAUACUGGGAAGCUCAUCCUGAUCUACAUGACAUUCCUGUCUACUAUGCCUCAAGUCUUGCUAAGAAAUGUAUGGCAGUGUAUCAAACAUUCGUAAGUGGAAUGAAUCAGAGAAUUCAAAAACAGAUUGCCGUCAAUAAUCCAUUCGUCUUCAAACACGUCAGUAAUCUAAAAGGAAUGGAACAUUUCGAAGAUUCAGGACCAUGUGUAGUUUUAGCUUCUCCUGGUAUGCUUCAGAAUGGUUUAAGUCGGGAGCUUCUUGAGAAAUGGUGUGUUGACAGUAAAAAUGGAUGCAUCAUCGCUGGUUACUGCGUUGAAGGAACUCCAGCAAAAUAUAUAUUAACGGAGCCAGAAGAAAUUCAAGCUAUGAAUGGGGAGCGCUUACCUAUGAGGAUGCAGGUUGGAUAUAUAUCGUUCUCUGCGCACACAGAUUUUGUUCAAACAACUAAUUUUGUUAAAUCUCAGCGACCUCCUCAUCUGAUUCUCGUUCAUGGAGAAGUACAUGAAAUGAAUAGGCUCAAAGCUGGAAUUCAGAGAAAUUUCGAAGACGAGAAUAUCCCCAUUGAGAUUCAUAAUCCAAAAAACACUGAAAGAAUUGAGCUCCACUUCCGCGGAGAAAAAACAGCUAAAGUUGUAGGUAAUAUGGCAGUAGAAAUGCCUAAGGAUGGUGACGUUAUCAGUGGAGUAUUGGUUAAGAGAAAGUUCAAUUAUCACAUCAUGGACCCAAAGGAUCUGAGCGCAUAUACCGAACUGUCAUCGUCUAGACUUACUCAAAAAGAAUCUAUUUUCUAUGGUCAAGGACUCGCACUUCUACUUUUCAAUUUGAGACAGUUGAAUGAUGAUGCUGAAUUAGUUGCCGAACUGAAACCGACCACAGCAUCCGCACCUACACAUACCAUAUCUGUUUUCGAGGGGAAAAUCACGGUAAACUGGUGUUCUUUAUCAUCAGUAUGUAUAAUUGAAUGGGAAUCAAAUCCUGUUCAUGACAUGUACGCAGAUGCUGUUCUGGCGGCAAUACUCCAUGCCGAAGCAAAUCCUAUCCCUGAGAAAUAUUUACCCGAUUUCAAACACCUCCCUAGUAGAGAAGAGGCGUUAAUAAAAACCAUUGAAGAAGUUUGCGGUGAAGGAUCAGCUACACAAGCUGAGAACGGAGUAAAAGUGAUCUUGGAGAACGAUUCACAAGCAGUUUUAACACAAGGUGGAUCAGGAAUAGAAUGUGAUGAUCCACUCAUGGGACAUUUGCUACAUUCAUUGGGAAGUAAACUGAAGCAAUGUGUUGCAAACAAAGAAGAUCUGUGA